CCUGUGCACGCCGCGACUGUCAGCGUCGAAGCAAGAGGAUGUACUGAUGGCUCGUAUUUCUGUUGACUUUCACAUUAUGUUGUUUGUCGCUACUGUCGCGGUUUGUCUCCUGUCAUUAGGCCUCUCGCCAUCCCGCUGGACGUCUGUAAGAGCAGACUGACUGAAGAUAAAUGUCCGGAGUGUGAGAGUAGCCUUCUGGAUUGCUGCAGGCGUAGAAGGCGCUUUGAAAAACCUCCAUCUCUGCCCGGCUGAGAGUCGACUGGAGCUGGCUGGCUGCACUACUAUGACUCUGAGUUCCUGAAGAUUUAGCUUGAAAACAUUUUUUUGCCGUCCUUCUUGAAGCCUGCUUGAUUCCUCGAUGGGUUCCCGCAGCCAAGGCUUCUUCCACCACCACCACCAUCGUAGCUCCAUGGUGCCCACUCUGGUUCCGAGGCUCCUGCCUGAGAAUGGCAGCCUGCUGGGGAGCAUUGCGCAAAUCACCCCGAACCUCUUCCUCAGCAGAGGGAACGUGGCAUCCAACCGCAGCCUGUUGCUGUCCAAAGGCAUCACCUGUGUGGUCAACGCCACCAUCGAGCUCCCCAACUUCAACUGGCCUCACAUGGAGUAUGUAAAGGUCCCUCUGGCUGAUAUGCCCCACUCCCCCAUCUCCUUGUACUUCGACAGCGUGGCUGAUAAGAUCCACAGCGUGGGACGAAAGCGCGGGGCGGUGCUGGUGCACUGUGCGGCGGGGGUGAGCCGCUCGGCCUCUCUGUGUCUGGCGUACCUCAUGAAGUAUCACCGCGUGUCUCUGGCCGAGGCCCACGCCUGGAUCAAAGCCCGCCGGCCCGUCAUCAGGCCCAACGGCGGCUUCUGGCGCCAGCUCAUCGAGUACGAGAGGAAGCUGUUUGGUAGAAACUCUGUUAAGAUGGUGCAGACGCCCUACGGGGUCAUACCUGAUGUUUAUGAGAGGGACCGCAGGAGCCUGGCUCCGUAUUGGGGCCUGUGAGAUUUACAGUGAGGAGAUCGAGGAGGAAGUGAAGUUGAGCCCUUUUGCCCGCCUGAACUGCAGCUUCAUUCAGGAGAGGCAAAGUGAGAUGUUUGUGAGUGUCUAUCUGUGUGAGGCUUAUUUAAUGAAUACUGGUGCGUUUAGACAGAGAGAGUCUUAACCAAACACUGGUGGUUGAUGCUGUUCGUCCAACCAGUUGCCUCCAUUUAGUCUUUGAGCGGGAACAAGAUGACUUCAAGCCCAGAAUCCUGCAAACCAAAGGAUCAAUCGGGACCACACUGACACCAAAACAAGAUCAGAGCGCGGAUGUCGGUGCCAUCUAUCUCCUAGGCUGCAUCUCCAGUUCCAGUGGAGGAUGAGCGUUCGAUAAAGGUGUUAGCUGUGCUCGCGACUCCGCAGCUCUGACAGUGAUGUGACUGAAGUCCCUUUUCCUGACGUGAUGAUGUCAUGUGGUCAUAAAAAAACAUAUAGACUAAUUAUUUUAUUGGAAAGUAAUGACAGUGAGGAAAAAAUGGCAUUCUUUAACUGAACAUACCUACCUUUUAUUAAGGUGAAAUUGUAGAAGAUGUAAGCUAAAAGUCAAGGUGUAGGUCCUGUGUACCACAGGGUUGACUGUUCCAUCCUGUGACCACAAUAUGUUAUUGUAGUGCUAUUUGAUGCUGUAUUAAAAAACAAAACAAAUCUGCUGCCUCAAGGGGAACUGGUAGCUCUAUGAUAAAUGCUUGGAAGAUUAUUUUCUAUCUCUUUGUUUUUGCCUUGUGUCCAUAUGUUUGCAAAAAGAUCAGAGCAGUACAUUUUUAUUUCCCCGUGUAAAUCAGCCUAAAAGAGCGAUGGCUGCAUCUGCUGUCAUCUGUCGGAAUUUUAAUAUUGCUGCACGUCCUGACCCAAGCUCCAAAAGUAGACAGUUUCACUAUAGUUGUAGGGGUGAGAUAAAAAAAACAAAAAGAAUACUGCAGUAAAUCACAAUACACACUAUCAUCAAUACUUAAACCCAAUAAUACUAAACAAUGCAGUGACUUUUUGGAUUCCUGAAACAUUUUAUUCCUAUUUUAGUUGAACAAAAAGUAAUAUCCUUAAGUCUAACAAACAUGUUGAAUGCAUUUCCUUCCUCCCUCAUAAAACAUUUGCAAAGCCAAGUUUUUAGGUAUUUUAAAUCCAACAUUGUUUACAUCCAUGUUUAUGUGCUAGCAGUCUUCUUCUCUGCCUUUUUGUUGGCGCAUUGCUGCGUCUUUUGGCAUAUAACCGCCACCUGUAGAUCAGAAGAAAAAUGUGAAACCUUUGGCAGGAUUUGUGUAGCAUGAAAAAAACCUACUGCUGAACUUCACAGGUUACCUUUUAAUGGAUUAACUAAACAUUAGAAUAUGGUGGGAAAUGCCCAUAAAACACACACCGGCAGCAUAUAUAUGAUGUGCGUCAAAGCACCCAUUGUUUUCCAUUUAAACCUGCACACCAGUAGCAUAUUGACACGUGUCCUUGCGGGUUGCAGAUUUCAAUACGUAGAAAUACACCACUGUUUUAUUUUCUAUCGCUGACUCACAUUUACCAAUAACAGAAGCUGUGAUUGUUUCACAUUUGCUUCCAAGAUUUGUCACUUCAUGGCUACCAUACUAUGAAUACCUCUUCUAUAUGGUGUGCCCUGUGUGUGGUCCAGAGCCAAUUCACACGCGCGUCAGAUAAUGCAAUGCUAUGUGAAGUGGCCGGUGUGUGGCGCAUUAAAACAAUCAAUAGGUAAUUUAUUUUCUUUCUUUCGACUAAUCUCAAAUCAUUUUUCCAGCACUAGAUGUAUAAGAUGACUCUGUCCCAUAAUAUAUCACAUGUAGCAGAAUCACGCAUACUGUGAUACCAUUGUUAUUGUGGGCAGUGAAUGUAUCCUGUUUUUAUUGUGAUUGAUCUUCUUGACUCUCACCCCUACACCACAGUAUAACAUCACUGCUGGGUGUGGUCAUCUGACAUCUGACAGCACACAGUCGUGAUGUUGAAUGUGACAGAGUUGACAUUUUCAACACAGAGAGAUCAGUGUGUUUAUUUAUUUUUAAAUGCCUUAAUGGAUUAAGUGUUAUAUUACAAUGAUAAAAAAAAGAAUAAAAGUUCAAGGGUAAAUAAUUGUUAGCAGGAAAAAGAUGUUCUGUAAUCUGACUUCUAAUUAUUUCAUUUCCCAAGAGGUCGUAUUAAAAUAAUAAGAAAAAAGAUCUCAUGUCACUGUUUGUGUUCAAAUGUGUUUGAAUUAAUAGA